GAAGAGUUCGAAAGGUAUCCGGAAAAUGCUCCAUGUUCAACGUUUGAAGCAGAGAGAAAAACGGGACGCCAAUGGCUAUGGAGAAACAAGCCCUAACAAACCAAAUGCCGCUCAUGGAAUUUCAUGUUUCCAACGCGAUUAUAAUUACAAACAAGUAUGAACAAUCCAACCAACGAAUUAAUCUCUCGGCUUUGAUUUGCUUCCUUCUUUGCUGUCGCUGCUCAAUCGAUCUCUCCCUGGGCGUUUUGAAGGCGGGAGAGAUCUAAUUCUAUAUUCUUCGAAUUUCUCCUUCCUCCGCCACUUCAUCCAUCAAUUUUGCCUCAAUAAUGGGCUGUGGAGAGUCGAAGCUUGCUGUCGCCACCACCGAUGGCGUCCUACUCCGCAAGAAAUCCAGCGCAAGAUCCAAGAACGGAUCCAAAGCUGCUGCUGUUGCGGUUGUGGAUGAUGCGAAGGCUGCGUCUGUGAAAAAAACAGAGAAGAUUAUCGAUGAGGAGAAAAUCGAUGGCUCUGUGAAGAUUGAAUCGGAGAAAAAAAUAGAGAAGCGAGAGGAGAAGAAGAGCGAUGCCGAGAAUAUCGUUGGCGCUGUGAAGUUUGAAUCCGAGGAGAAGAGCGAUGGUGUUGUGGCGGAGGUCCAGAAUCCGGCGACGGAAGUAGCGAAAACAGAGGAGAUAAAAGAGAAGGAGGUCACCUGUGACGGCGAGAAGAAGGCGAACAAUGACGGUGCUAUUGAAAAACAGGUCGCCGGAGAAACGAAAGCAGAGAAGGAGAAGGAGAAGGAGGCCAUUGUUUUCGACAGUGCAAUUGAAGCAGCACAGGGAACUAAACCUGUCGUGGAACCGCAGUUGGCCGGAGAAGUAGAACAGGAAAAUAAACCUGUUGAGAAAAAGCAGGUGGCCGGAGAGGUAGAACCGAGAAUUAAACCUGUUGAGGAAAAGCAAUUGGCCGGACAAGUUGAACAGGUAAUUAGAACUGUAGAUGAAAAGCAGUUGCCCAUUGAAACGAAGACAGAGAAGAAGGAAGGCGGCGAUAAUGGCUGCAGCGGCGUUGAACAAGUAAUCAAACCGGUGGAGGAAAAGCAAUUGGCCGAAGAAUCCAAAGUAGAGAAGCAAACUGGAGAGGCAGUGAAAUUGAAAGAAGAAACCCAAGCUAAGAAGGAAGAACCAGCUCCAAAAGUUGAACAAACCCAAAUCUCAGCCACUCCAGAUUCCAAGGGAAAUGCAGGUGAAUUGGCAGCGAAGGACUCGAAAUAGCACAAAAAAGUGCAUUAGAAGGGGCAUAUGAUGGCAGCUACUGGUAAAUGAUUUUGAGGCCAAAUUGAAAGAUGAUUGGAGAAAUAGUCAUAAUCUUUACACAGAAACACACACAUAUAUAUAUAAACCAAUUUUUAAUGAUGUUGUAAAGAUUAUAGAAUGUUUGCUGAUGACUUUAAUUGUCUAAAUAAGAACUCCGGUGGUUCAUUAA